AUGAGUAAUAAACUGUGGACAGAAGAGCAGUUCAACUGCCCCGUGUGUCUGGAUCUCCCGAACGAUCCGGUCACCAUCCCCUGCGGGCACAGCUACUGCAUGGGCUGUAUUAAGGACUACUGGAGCAAGGAUGAUCCCAAGGGUAUCUACAGCUGCCCCCAGUGCCGUCAGACUUUCUGCCCUCGGCCCUCGCUUUCCAGAAACACCAUGCUGGCUGAAGCGGUGGAGCAGCUCCGCAGAGGAAUCCCAAGAUCUGAGGUCUCUAAAAGCAUCAAAUUAAAAUCCCCAAACCUUCUCCCCUCCUCGGUUGUGCAGUGCGACCUGUGCAAAGGAGAGCAGAAGGCAGCGGUCAAGACCUGCGUGGUGUGCAUGAGUUCGUACUGCGAGAGCCACCUGAAGCCUCACCAGACCACCAAGGCCCUGAGAGAGCACGAGCUGAUUGCGCCGACAGGGAACUUGACUGAGAAGAUCUGCACUCAGCACAAGUACUUGCAGGAGUUCUUCUGUCGCCAAUGCAAGGUGUUCAUCUGUUGGCUGUGCACGAGCAACCUGCACAAAGGCCACGAGAGCGUGUCCACAAAGGCUGAACGCAUGGACAAAGAGAAAGGGCUUUCUGAGAUGCAGGCGGAAAAUCAGAAGAAGCUCAAAGAUAGACAGCAGGAGCUGAAGGACAUGAAGAAGAUGAUGGACGGAAUGAAGCGCUCUGCAGACCGCGUUCACAGCGACUCAGAGAAGGUGCUGUUGGAGCUUCAGCACUCGGUGGAGAGACUCCAGGAACUAUUAGAAGAGUUGCUGGAUGAGGUCGGCCGAGAGAAGAUGGAGCAAGCCCAGGAGGUGACUGAUAAUCUGGAGGCAGAGAUCAAGGUGCUAAAGAGGAGGGAGACUCAGAUGAAGGACCUAGCGCAAUGCCAGGAUCACAUCUACUACCUGCAGACGUAUGACACCAUGUGCAGUCCACUCGAGUCAGGAGACCUUCCAGCCGUGCAGGUCAACCUUGACGCUUCCUUUGAGCCUGUGCGGGAAGCCAUCCUAGACCUAAGGGAGCGAGUGGAGGACAUGUGCAACCUGGAGCUGGGCAAUAUCACCAAAAAAGUCAAUGAGACAACGUUAUUCACACUGGGCGCUGCCAAUCGUAAUCAGAGAAGUGGCCUCUUAAAAUUAUUUUCAGCCCUUGGAUCACGAAAUGCGAAUCCAAACAACCGUUCGGCAGGGUCAUCACCAAGUAUCUCAGUUACGUCGCGAAGUACUGACAGAAGAGGACUGGGCAUUAGAGGUCAAGAUGUGAGGAGCAGAGACACAUCACGAGAGGUCGCGCAGAGGUCACCCAGGCCAUGGGACAGAAGGGGCCGAGAUGAAAGAGAGUCAACACGGGAGGCCAACCUCAGACCAAGCCCCAGACCCAGCCCAACUCCAAGCCGGAGAGAAUCCCCGUCUCUGUGGAACAGGUCCAGUCAGAGUCAGGGUGUCCCUGCUACUCCGCCCAGUCCCGCACCAGUGAGCCCGAACCCGACCCAGACGCUUGCUCCUGCGCCAGCAUCCACCGGAGCUUUUAGUCGCAUGUCAUCGAUCAGCAGUAUUUUCCGGUCGCGUCGUGGCAACACACCUGUAGCGACCGCAGCGUUGGCAGGGGCGCUGCCAACCGUGUCUGAAACACCAGUAGAAGUUAACCCGGGUCUGUUCUUGGACUCACCCGCCCCCACUGGCAAUAAUCAUACUCCUGCUUUCCCUGCGUUAAGAGAAAUCAGCCUUGCCAGCUUUCAGGCUCCAGAACCGAGGGCAAGGGAAGAGUUCCUGCAAUAUUCUGUGAACUUCACCCUUGAUCCAAACAGCGCACAUCGUCGCCUGAUUCUCUCCGAGGGCAACACCAAGGCAACCCUGCAAGGGGAAGUGGCGGCCUAUCUGGACACCCCCCAACGUUUUGAUGGCUGGACCCAGGUCAUGUGCGGGACCCCGGUGUACUCGCAACGUUCCUAUUGGGAGGUGGAGUGGCGAGGCCGAGGCUCCUCCAUGGGCGUGGCAUACGCAUCCCUGAGCAGGAAGGGCUCGGACGCCAGGGCGGGAAUCGGCUACAACGCCCAGUCGUGGACACUGGAGCUCUCCGACACUUGCUGCUCAGCGCUGCACGACAACGAGAAGAGGGACAUCCCGGUCACCUACUCCCCCCGUCUCGGAAUUUUUGUGGAUUUGUCCGAGGGAACGCUGGGGUUCUACGGCGUGGCUGAGAGCCUGACGCACCUUCACACAUUUCGGGCAAACUUUACCCAGCCCCUCUAUGCAGUCUUUGGGGUGGGCAGCGGAGUCGGGGUGGGUUUGGAUUUUGCACGUGGACAAUUCAGUUCCACCUCUGACAGCAUUAAGCUGUGUCCCAUGUGAAUGUCUAUACCGAAGAAUUUGUUUUAUAUCCUGUUGAGCAGGACAGGGGUGUCAUUAUUACACACCCCUGUAUUUGAUUAUUUUGUAUAAAGUUAUCGUUCAACACAUA